GCUUUUGAUUCGGUUCUAUAAAUUAAAGGAAGACAAGACCACUCAUUUCCGAAAAAAAAGACCAAACCCAAAGAGAAUACAGAACAAAACAUAGAUACUCUGUCUUCAGAUUCUUACUCACACUCCAAUAUCUUUUCUUUAAAAUAAAAAUUAUUCACUCUCAAUUUCCAUGCUUCUAAUCUUAAAUAUCACUGCAGUGUCUAUUAUAGCUGCAGUUUCUUCAGAUAUUGUUUAUAUGCAUAAAUUUUCAGUCCCUUUUAUUUAAAAACAAAACAGAGUAAAAAAACAGAAAGUGUUCUGUUUUGUUCUGUUUCAUUGCUCUUUUACUAAGAUAAAAUGGGUUCAACUUCAAUCAAGUUGUAUAAACUAAAAUCAGAGAAAUCCAACAAAGUUCAAAAACAUCGUCAGCUACGAAAGAUUGCAAAUUUGUUGAGGUAUGUAGAGAUGUGUGUUGUGUUGGUUUUGAUUUCAAGAGUUUCAUUUCAACAACUACCAUUAGCUUUGAAGAUGUCGAGCGAGUAUUUUCACGGUUUCACAGUUAGUCCUCGAUUUGUUUUUCUGAUUGGAAACAUCAUCAUCAUCACACUCUUUGCUCAAUCUGGUCAUUUUUCAUCUAAUGAUUCUGCAAAAAGAAGUUCAGAAGAUGAACUGUAUCUUGAGUUUCUUAAGAAUAGCAGCAUGUACCAGAGAGUCCAAGGUUUUGAACAGAAAAAAUUGAGCAUAAAAAUGGAAAACAACAUAAAGGGUCGUCGAAACAAUGAUCGUUGCAUGGUGAAAUUCUCUGAGAAAGAGUGUAAGAAAAGUGAUGAUGAUAAGAAAGUGGAGUUGGAAGAGAAACAGGGGAUAAAAACAGAGUGUUGCAAAGGUAUGGAAGUGAAAGAAUAUAGGAGGUGUCAAUCGGAAAUCACAUUGGUGAGGGGUGUCAAUAGUGAUGAUGAGAAGGAACAAAAAGUUCUGCAAAGGUGUGAGAGUGAGAAUGAUGAAAGAAAGAGGAGAAACAUUGAUUUUGAUAAACAGAAAAUGAUGGAAAAAAGUUCUUGUUUAUAUCCUGAAGAUGGAAUGAGCAAUGAUGAAUUUCGUCAAACAGUCGAGGCAUUUAUUGCGCGACAACAGAAGCUACGAACAAACGCAAUACAAAGCUUUUAUUCCUAGCUAUUUACUGUGUAAUUUGUGUGAAAAUAUUAUCAGGAAUUGGGUUGUAAACUAAGCUAAACCCUUCUGGUUUUUCUUUUCCUGUUUUUUUAUCUAAAUUUUUCUUCUUUUUUAAUGAACAAACAAAUAUGUGAUGUAUCUUGUAUCAUCAUGUAAAUAAAGGUUAGGGGAAGUGAGUAAAUAACAUUUUGGAUAAUAAAACCAUGUUCUGUUUAUAUUUAA